AGCCGCCAUUAAAACCUUGACAUGAAGAUGUUUCUUUGUACCAGAGUCUAAAGGGAUAGUAGUUAGUAGCAUGCAGAGGGGAGUAUUUUUUAAAGAAAACUAACAUUAAUCUUCGUCUGGCUUCAAGUAUGUACUGCUAUGGUAUUUAAGUUGAGCUUACAUUUUUACCUGCACAAAGGACGAAUUUAGUUAGAAACAUUGAUCUUUGGAAAAGGAACUUAUAUAUACACAAUGUAUAAGAUUUUCUGUGCAGCCUGACAUUGGAUGUGUAUAAAAACUAGAAUAGCUGAAACUAAAUAUUUUGUAUGUCAAUAGUGAUAUCAGACUUAGAAAGAUGGCAUUACGAUUAAAAUAUUUGUAUAGCAUCAACGACAAUAUCCGGGCGUAUAAGUUAGACAAAUCUGACAUCCGGGUAGGAAAUUGUGAUAGGUUUGAUGAAAAUAAGGUAGCAAGUUCAAGUAGUAUUGAAAGUAAACAUAAAAGUGAUUAUGACGACAGUUUCAUAAUAAGAUUAACUAAAAGUCUGAUAAAGAAUGACAGAACCAAUUCUAGUGAUAACAGUGAAUUUGUGAAUAUACCUGUUGGUCUAGCUGGAGGUAAUAUUCUAAAUAACCAAAAUAACAACACAAAGGAUUUAUCUAUUAGAAGUGAAGGGAAAGAUGAAAACUCUAUCAAUGAUAAUUGCAGUGCAACAGUAGCAGGUGAUGCAGUGCAGUCGGAAGCUGAUCAGUACGAUUGUGACAUUAUAAACGCCUCAGAUAAAAAGUUGUCUGAAUAUAGAAACCCAAACGAUUAUGCAAAUAUUAAUUUAAUUCAGUUGAUGAGUCAUUGUUAUGCAAAAACAUUCCAAAAGAAACAUCCGUCAGACAAAUACCUGACCAAAAUAUAAGUGAUUCAGUUUAUGAAACACAACUGUUAAUGGAAGUAGAACAAGGACACAAAGCGAUUCCCGAAAAAUCGACGCCGAAUACAAGAAGAAGAAAAUAUAUCUCUUGUUACAGUUGUAUGUCUCAGCAGUGUAUAUGUUCAGAAAUAAAUAACAUUGACAAUGUUGAAGAAGUAAAAAGCAAAAGAGCGGUAAGAAAACGAGCAAACAAACGUAAGAAAUUGCAAAGGACAGGGUCAGCAACAGAAACUUACCAAGCAAAACAGGACUCACAUAGAACAAAGACUAAAUCAGAUGUAAAACUAGCAGACACAGAAGACGAUGUCCUAUGGCAAGUAGGGAUUUCAGAGUAUGAUUGUCUUGUUUGUGGCUCCAUUUUUAAGGAGAAAGUUCAAUGGAUCAGUCACAUAGAGAGAAAACACUACCGUACCUAUGAAUGGCAGUGCGAGAAGUGCUUUUUACCAUUUUCAAAUCAGUAUGAAACCUCUUCUCAUACAUGUACAAGCGCUAGUGUUAGGUGUCACUUUUGUAUCUUCUGUAGUGACGAGAAAUCUUUUAGAUAUAAAACGAACCUGUAUUGUCAUUUGAAGGAUGAACACAACAACAGGUUUCCUUUGAAGUGCGAAAUAUGUGAGAAGCCUUUAGCUUCCAAGUUAGAACAAAAGCAACAUAUUGCAACCCAUAGUUAUUCAACAGUUACGGAAGAUAAAACGUGUUUUAAGAAAUUUGCUACCGAAAGACAAAUGCCGAAUCAAUAUCAAGACAAGGGAGAUGACUAUCCUACUGGAAAGAAAUCUCAUUGUUCAAAUCAAAUUAAAGUUGCGAGAAAGAAAAAAUCCUAUCGGCAUUUAUGCGAGUAUUGCGGUCGGGUUGUGAGACGGCCGUCAGUGCACAGAAGUGUUUGCUUGGAUAUCCGUAGAUAUAAAUGCGGUACAUGCGAAAUGACAUUUAAUUUGAAGAACAGUUUAAAAGUUCAUAUUAUGCGAUACCAUACCUACGAGAAGCCUUGCGCAUGUAAUCAGUGUGACAAAAGAUACAUGACAUAUUGGGCUUUACAGUACCAUGUGCUAAGCACACACACUUUGGAAAAGAAACAUAAAUGCAGCUUCUGUACGAGACAAUUUGUCAUGAAGCAGCAACUGAAGAGACAUGAACUGGUUCAUUUAAAAAUUAAACCAGUUCAGUGUGAUUAUUGUGGAAGAAGUUUUUCAACAAAAUAUAACCUGAAAGUACACAUGCGACGGCAUACGGGAGAGAAGCCGUAUAAAUGUUCUAAAUGUGGCAAAGGCUUCGCUCACAAUGUUGUUCGUAAAUCUCAUGAAGUGAAAUGUGAUCAGAAUGCUUAGAUUUUGUUUAUCAACGAUAACCUCGUAUUAAAUAUAUAUAUAUACAAAAUGUAUGUAUAUAAUUAUAUAAUAUGUAUAUCUUUCAAUAAAAGACAAUCUGUAAUCUUCGUGAUAACCAGUCUUCGAGCAUUUGACUUCUUCACUACUCAUCUUCCAGGUCUUGGUCUUCGGUUUGAAAACAAGCCAAAUCGAUUAUUAAGAGUUUUGAUAGUUUUAUAUUUCGCUAUUGUUUUGUUGUAAACCAGUAACGGUACUCAUAAUUCUUGUUUUGGAGUGAUAAUCUAGAUAAUUACUGAAUGGAAAAAGAUUUUUUAUCCUAU